UACGUGCACCGUGCACCAACACGUGCUCCUUGCAUCUGCGCGACUGGCUCUGCUCGCCUUACGGAGCACCUCGCCUUUGGUACCUGGGUGGUGAUUCCUGCCUGUGAAGGAACUACAGCCUACAGGUAAGUGACGGCAACAAAUGGACCAUUUGUCAUGAACAGACGGACAGGACAGGCACAGACAAGACAGAGAGUUAUGGGCCACGUGGAAAGUCGUCUUGGCGCCGAGAGGGCUCAAUGAUGCCACCAUUGCAGUUCAAGGAGUCCAUUGCCAGCCACAGGGUAGAGCUCUUUUCAUGUUGAGCUAUUACAUCAAAACCACACGCAAGCAUCAUCAUCAGCGCGCUACAAGAUGAGAUCAGUCCUCGCUUUAAUUUCAGCACUGGGGGCCCUCGCGUUGGCUAUAUGGCUGAACCAGGAAGUCGUAAGCCCUCCAGCCCGCCAAAUCAUCCCUGGGUCUACGCCAUUGAAAACUUCGACUUGGAAAGCUCAACUGUCACUUCUUGAUGAGCCCUCGUCGGACCGAUGGGUAUACCUGAGCGGAAACACAACAUGUCUAAACGUGACAGAAUGUCAGCUAUUCGACGCGGCUGUUAUCAAGGUACACCAAGAUGGGCAAACGCUCUCGAACAAGCUAUCAUUCGUCGACUGUGACGCCGAUCCGGUCCUGUGUCAUUCCUGGCUCCUCGAGCCUCCAGCCUUGAUGCACAUCGCCCCAAACAAGGAUUCUGAAACUAAGGACACCGGCCGAUCACAUGUUGUAAUGCGGCCCAUUCAGCUGCCGAUCUUAAAUUUUUCGCAAAUACUUCCAGAACAGUCUGGUGACGCCAUUCCCGAGGAGGAGAUAAGCCACAUCAUGAGCGAUGAGUUCCGUGUCGAAAGUGUCGGUGUUUGGGACGGCUUCCUCAAUCCAUUUACAGGUGCACUGGGCAAACAUGGUGGUGGUAAUGUCUGGGGAAAGCUGAAGUAUCGAUUAGGCUGGCUGCCAAUCUCACAGCAGACCUUGGUCAUAGGCUUCUUUCUCAUCGUACGGCUGGGGAUUCGCAUGCUUGGACCAUCGCGUACAGAACAGACCGCCGCCGACAUGGUUGUGGCGCCUGGUUCUUUGAAUGAUGGACCAGCAGAAUGAUGUCCACCCAAGAUGGGCACGCAAGCACACCGGCUCACACCAUAGAGCUGCACAACAUACUACCCGGUUUUCUCCUCGCGAAGUCGCUGAUGUCUACUCGGUCAUUGCCAGGAACCGUCUUUAUGAAUUUCAAAGACAGCUCGGAGAUGGUGGUGUAGUGUUGAGCCCGGUGUGCUAUGCCAGUAAAGCACAGCGUACAGUAUACACCUUGAAGGUCCCCCGGACAAAUCGUGCAGGCAAACCGCAUCCCUCUGGCAUUACGCCAGCGCAAGCCGUGAGCCGUUGGUCUUGGUCGAAUGCCACCUCCUGUAUCUACCAGCAGAAACAUCUACGAUAUGAAUUGAUGGGCCGUGAGGUGAAGGAAAUCUCAGCGGUUCAUCUGGAUUUGGCAUCGAACCUUGUCAAACCCGCCAACGCCUGCGACUGACCAACACACGAGUACGAUGGAUUUGCACUGAUUCCUCCACAUCAUCGGCAAGCUCGAAGUUCUUCGGCACUUAACGUCUGAUGAUGAGUUUUGGCGACUGUCUUGGAUCAACGCCGGGAGCUGUACACCCGUGAACGAAUACUAGCGCAGAACAUGCUUGGGGAUGUUGCAUACUGUCUGGACGUGUGAGUGGCGAAGGCCCCCGAGUGCCCGGGAGUGCAAGGCUAUUGUCUAGCAGGGCGGUGUUGCUUGACUUGAUUGCGACCUACCACCACACAAGGCAUUCUAGAAUCACAGCCCGUGCACCACCAAGAAAAUCGUAUACCAGUCAGAAAACAUAUAUCAG